AUAACGUAAUCGGACACCGAACCGCCGCGACACCGAACCGCCGGUCCCUUACCGCUCCUUAUUAUCAAAAAAUUCAAUUUUCAAUUAUUCCAUCAAAAACGAAGCUUUUCAUCAAUAUGGAGGCUCUAUCUCGAGAUAGGAGACUAGCGCUCGCUACUGAGGCCUUUGAAAAAGGCCUUUUCGCUUCUAAACAGGCCUGCGCGGCCGCUUUUGACGUCAAGAUAAGCACCUUGAAAGGCCGGUUAAGAGGAGUCAAAUCUCGCAGUGAAAUAGAGGCAAAUUGCAGGAAGCUCUCUAUUAAUGAUGAAUUAGUAUUGAAGUGGAAAAUCCUCGAUAUGGACUCUCGUGGAUAUCCUCUUACAAUUGCAAAAGUCCGCUAUCUUGCAGAGAUUCUCCUUGCCGCGAAAUUGAAGCCCUCCGCUCCGAAUGACAUCUUUAUAAGCGCUCGCUGGGUCAACCGAUUCAUUUCUCGCCAUGAAGCUGAAUUAGAGUCGAAAUACACAAGGCGAUAUGAUUACCAACGUGCGAAAUGCGAAGAUCCCAAGACCAUAAAUCGUUGGUUCGAUUUAGUGCGAAAUACCAUACAAAAAUAUGGGAUUCUGGACCAAGAUACUUAUAAUAUGGAUGAAACGGGUUUUCAAAUGGGAGUAGCCGCCACCGCGAAGGUUGUAUGUGGUGCAGAAUCGCGAGAAAGCAAUGCAAGAUCAGUACAGCCAGAUAAUCGCGAAUGGGUCACGGCAAUCAUCACGAUCAACGCUGCAGGCAUCGUUUUACCUCCGCAAAUCAUUUUUGCAGGUAAAAUGCAACAAGAGAGAUGGUUUAAAGAUAUUCCAAAGAGCUACAGGAUCAGUAUGAGCGAGAAUGGAUGGACGAAUGAUAAACUCGGCUUUGAAUGGCUUCAAUUUUUCGAUGAUUUUACAGCUUCAAAAACGGCCGGUCAAUAUCGCCUUCUACUGCUUGACGGCCACGGAUCUCAUUCCACGCCUGAAUUUGAUCAAUUCUGCAAAGUGAAAAACAUCAUUCCUUUAUAUAUGCCGCCGCAUUCUUCACACAAAUUGCAACCGCUUGAUGUGGGCUGUUUUUCACCGCUCAAGAAAUACUAUGGCCAGCAAAUCAGCAAGGCUAUACAGAAUGGAAUGGAACAUAUCGAUAAGAGUGAUUUUAUUCGUCAUUUUAAACGUGCAUACAAAGAGGCGUUUUCUACGGACAAUAUAAAGAGCUCUUUCGCCGCUACAGGCCUCGUUCCAUACAGUCCAAAUAGAGUGCUUUCUAAAUUGAAGCCUCUACGAUCUUCAACACCUACUCCACCUUCAACUUCAUCAUCCAACCAAUCCAUGUAUCUCGGUAAAACGCCUGUGAAUCUCUAUCAGCUAAAUCAUCAACGUGAAGAGCUUCAAGCGCUGCAAGAAUCGGGAUUAUCAUCGCUUAUUGCAGAUCAAGCGCUUGAGAAGGUCUAUAAAGGUGCGGAAAUGGCUAUGCAGAACGCGGUCCUACUUCAACAAGAAAUACGCCAACUUCGUGCAGUAGAGCAAUAUAAAAAAGACAAGAAAAAGGCUUCACGACGAUAUCUUCAAGCAGGAGGCACUUUGACCGGUCAAGAAGGGCAAGAAAUGGCGAAUAAAGCUGCGGAAGAGGCAAGAAAUCGGGCUGCUCAGGGACUUUCAACACGCCGGCCACCGCGCUGCAGUAAUUUCAAUCAGGAAGGUCACAAUCGGUUAAGAUGUCCUUCCUAAUUAAACAAUAGAGUACGAUUAAUUUUUAUUACGUUUUCUGCAGUUUUGGGCGUUGAAAUCGCUUCAUUUUUGAUUAAAUCGUUGAAAUCGAGCGCUUUGAUGAUCGCGGCAGCGGGCGGCC